CCUGUUGACUGCUGGAGAAAAGUAAUGCCAUUGCAGCCAUGCAAGGACUAAGUAGAGAUGGAUGGAUGGAGGGAUGGAUGGAUGGAUGGAUGGAUGGAUUUUGGCUAUCUUGUAUUCACGGAGACUCAUAUAAGCAAUCAUAAGAUUAGAUAAUUGCUCACAUUGUUAAGCUGGACAGUGUUCCUCUUAUUUGUGUAGGCCAUAAUAUUGCCUGCUUUAAAAAUCACUGUCUUAAUAUUCAUAUUUUCUGAGAAACCAAUAGAAAAUAAAUAUUUACAUCUCUGUGUGUUGAAUGUUUAACAUAGGAGAUUCACUUUUUGCAUAUGUCAUCUAUUUUUCAAUGCACCUUUGAUCAGAUUUUAUGGUGCAAUCAGCUUUCAGGGUAAAGCAGGUCUAAAGUUUGCAGCUUUGGGAAAUCUGCAGUUCAAGGUGUGCUACUGUUCUUGUGCACAAGCCGCUUGGUUGCUUAUGUACUCUGUCGCUUUGUUAGCCUGACUUAGCAAAUGAUCAACUAAUCCAAUCGCUGCCAUAUGUCAUAUUUCAGCACCUUACUAGUCAGAAGUUCUUUAGUAGUUCUGACUGCCUGGCUGAGCUAAGAUGAAUUUGGAGGAGUACUUCCAAAGAAUUGGCUUCCAUGGCCCUUCUGAUAAAAUGGAUCUCGCAACUUUGAGGUCCAUCCACAAGCUGCAUGUCAUGUCGAUCCCUUUUGAAAAUCUCAGCGUUCACUGUGGAGAGUGGAUCACCAUGGACCUGGAGACUAUUUUCAAUAAGGUGGUGAGGAGCAGUCGUGGAGGCUGGUGCCUUGAGAACAACUUCCUGUUUGGAUGGGUGCUGAGAGAAAUGGGCUUCAAUGCCACAAUGUUGGGUGGCAGAGUUUUCAACACUAUCACCAAUGACUUUCCACCUGGGGAGAAUCAUCUCAUCAACAUGGUUGAAAUUGAUGGGAAGGCUUAUAUAGCAGACAUAAGCUUUGGGGUCUCGUCUCAGAUCUGGGAGCCACUGGAGCUCGUCUCUGGAAAGGACCAGCCGCAGGCAGCAGGCGUGUUUCGACUUACCAAAAACGAGGACACCUGGAUCCUGGAGAAGACAGGCAGGACUCCGAAGGUUCUCAAUCCAGAAUUUGCCAAAUCCAGCCUGGUGAACAGGAAGCAAACAUAUCAGAUCUUCUGCUUCACCUUGCAGCCUCGAGAGCCAGAACAUUUCGCAGAAAAAAACCGCGCACUUCAAACAGAUUCAGCCUCUCUGUUCACCAACAAGUCCAUCUGCUCUCUGCAAACACCAACAGGGUUCAAAGCUCUGAUUGGCUGGACCUACAGUGAGGUCACCUACAAACCUGAGGAAGGGGUGGAUUUGCUGGAUAUGAGAAACAUAACUGAGGAUGAGGUUGAUCAAAUCCUGAAGGAGCAGUUUAAUGUAAAGACACAGAAUAAAAUUAAGCCGGCAAACAAAAAGGUGUCCUACACAAUCUAGAAGAUACCAAAUAACCUUUUUCUUUGGCUUUUAAAU